UGCUGUAAUUAAAGUAGUCAGGAAGGGCGGGUGGAUUAAAGCUACACCAUCCCUUGUUUCGGAUUCUUUACAUCCCCAUCCAACUUGACGCUCCUUCUUCAUUCAUAAUGUCUGAAAUCUCGAAGAUGAAAAAUGGCUCGGAUAACUUAAUACAAGCUCCUUCAAUGGUUGACAAAGUUAACCACAAAUCGGCCCUCUCCCAUGACGACGUGUUUGGGGAGAUUUCAGAGAAGGGGCCGAACUAUCGUAAUGUCGGGUGGAUUGGGACUGUCGCCCUCAUGAUGAAAACCCAAAUUGGUCUUGGAGUCCUCUCAAUUCCGUCUGCCUUUGACACGCUGGGUCUUGUUCCAGGUAUCGUAUGUCUGUGUGCCAUUGCUGCCAUUACGACCUGGUCAAGUUACAUGGUCGGAGUAUUCAAGCUUCAUCAUCGCGAGGUGUACUCGAUUGCUGAUGCUGGGGGUUUGAUGUUCGGCAGGUUGGGUCAUGGCUUCUUCGGUAUCACGCUCUGCCUUUAUUGGAUUUUUGUUGCUGGAUCCGGUAUGCUCGGUAUCUCUAUCAGUUUGAACGCCGUGUCAACACAUGGUACUUGUACUGCCGUAUUUGUGGCAGUCGCUGCCAUCAUUGGAUUCAUUUGUAGCAGUAUUCGGACUCUAGGGCGAAUUACUUCCCUCGCAUGGAUCGGACUAAUCUGCAUACUUACGGCCAUACUAACCGUUACUAUCGCCGUCGGCCUUCAAGAUCGUCCUGUUGCGGCUCCACAGGAAGGCGAGUGGAAAUCCAACUACAAAAUCAUCAACAACCCUUCUUUCACUGAUGCCGUCACCGCAAUAUCGUCCCUUGUCUUUGCAUGUGCGGGAGCCCCAGCAUUUUUUUCUAUUGUGUCUGAAAUGCGGAACCCGACAUAUUAUACUCGAUCCCUUAUAAUCUGUCAAUCCGCCCUAAUUGCUAUCUACAUCACAAUCGGCACCGUAGUCUACUACUACUGCGGAUCGUAUGUCACUUCACCUGUCCUUGGCUCUGCUGGUGCAACUGUAAAGAAGAUCUGUUACGGAUUUGCUCUCCCAGGGUUGAUAGUUACUACAACCCUUGUCAUCCAUAUGCCCGCAAAGUACAUUUUCAUUCGCAUCCUCCGUGGCUCCAAACACCUAAACUCCGACACGUUUAUCCACUGGGGAACCUGGCUAUCAUGCACCUUUAGCAUAGCGGUGAUUGCCUAUGUUAUCGCCAGCGCCAUUCCUGUCUUCGAUGGGUUGGUUUCCUUAAUCGGUGCCCUUCUCGGUACCCUCAUGUCUUUUCAGCCGAUGGGAUGCAUGUGGCUCUACGAUAAUUGGAGCAGAGGCAAGGCUGAACAGCGACCGGCUUGGGUUUUUAUGGUUUGCUGGUGUAUCUUUGUUGUAAUAUCCGGCAUGUUUCUGAUGGUGUCUGGAACUUACGGGUCUGUUGUUGGUGUUAUUGAUACCUACAGAGUAUCUGGAGGCUCGGCCGCUUGGUCAUGUGCUGAUAACUCAAACUCUGUGUAGUUCAACGGGGAUUUUGAUAUAUUACUUACCAUCCAGGCCGUAUGAAAUUGAUUGAAAUUAAGCGUUUCUAGGAAAAUGGACAGAUUAUUUGCAUUACAUCAAUU